AUGGCAAGAAGGCAAGGGUCGUACAAGGGGCAUAACUGGUCUGACGAAGAGCUCGAUUCGGUGUGCUAUCUUCGAUGCAUCCGUCAUUGGCGCUUCACACAAAUUCAAAAGGCGAAGUUUCCAUCACUUUCCCAACACGCAGUCGGCCGGGCCUAUAGGAGACUACCUCCAGAAGAGCGCACACGCCGAGCACUCGCUGCCGUACCUGCCCACACAAGGCCCCGCCAUAUCACAGAACGCAACGUUUCAAGUCAUCACAACUCAGCAAACAACGAGAUUAGUGAUACACCAUUGGGCAAUGGUGACAACCAAAAUCGCUACAACCUCCGGCCAAACAGACCCUCAACCUUUGCAGAACGAAAGCCACGUUAUAUGGUGGAUCGCGACCGCUUUCCUCAUUUCUUUGAGUCCUAUCGCGAUUCCACCAAGCCGAACCAGCUACCAGACAGCGAAUACAUUCCGUCACAUACACCUACUCCAAGCUCGUCGGAGCACUCUCCUUCUAUCAUCUCUAGUCUACCUAGCGAGAUAUCGAGCUUAGAACUGUUCGGCCUCGAGGCACGGUCCCCCGAGCCAUCAGAUCAUACGCUUUCUCACCGAAGAGCCCUGAACACCAUCACGAUGGAUUCGAACAAGUUUGAACAACUAGGCUUGAGCUCAUUCUACCACGCCAUACCAACUCUCGAUAAUGCCAAUGACUGGUCGCAGUGGAAUCAAAAGGUCAAGGAGUUUCUUCGAAUCUCCCCUAUCGCCAAAGAUGGAACAACACCACCAAUGGAAGAGGGUGAGGCGGAGCAGUGGACCCACCGCCAGACAUUUUACUCGGCAAUGAUCGCGGCCAAGUUGACCCACAAUGCGGCUCAGCGGAUAAACGCCUUCGAAAUCACCCGGGUCCAAUCACUGAUCAAAGCGGUAAAGGAACACUUCAAGCCAGAAGGUUCAGGGACAUAUGUGAAUCUUCAGAGACGGUACAUGUCACUCACCCGAGCAAAAUUUGGGAGUGCACAAGCCCUCAGAGCUGAGAUCAGAAAAAUUCAUGCCGAGAAGCUUUUACUCGACCCCGCAUGUGUCACCUCUGAGAUCGAACGAACAUUCUUUUUCCUCCAUGCAUUAGGCCCGGAAUAUGAGAGCUUUCGCAACCAUAUCUUCAGACAAAUGGACAUAGUCAAUGACAGAGACGAGGACGGAAAUAUCACCAAAGCAGCUCCUACAUUUGACUACAUCGAAAAUAAGGCCAUUGAGGAGGAGCAUAGGAAGGGUCAGCUGGGCAACCAGCCCACCGAUACGAAUGCGCUUCCUGCCUUCACACUUAGCCAGAAGCCUCGAGACAGGAAAGUCAUACCGUCUCCAGAUGGGAAAACAUGCCGAAUCGAGAUGAACAAUGUUCCUUUCUGUGCCUUCUGCCGGAAACCCUAUCAUAGAGAGUCACACUGCUUCAAAAAGGAUCCUAACCUGAAGGAUCAAGAAAAGGAGAGAAUGACGCGCAGGCCAAGACCCAAAGAGGCGCACACGGGUGUUCGCAAUCUAUCAAAGCGACGAGCUAGUACGGAUCAUGAAGACGACGAUUCAGAAGGACCGAGAGACCCCAAAAGGCCGACAUUUGUGGCAACAAAAGCCUCAAAACAAGAUAUCAAUGCAGCUUUCAGCACCGAAGUUGAAGGAAAUGUUGCCACGUUUGAUUUCUUCCCCAGUAUGAUGGUCACAAAGUCUGUUUCGAUCAACGACGCCUGGAUUGUCGACAGCGGAUGUGCUCAGCACGUUUGUAACAAUGCCACGAGAUUCGUCAAGAUGAACAAAUAUGAUGCAAAUGUCCUAUGCAAUGUCCGAGGGAGGAAGAAAUGGCUCGUCCUAGAUGACGUGUUGUUCGUCCCGACCGCACAAGCAAAUCUCAUAUCAGUGUUGCAGCUUCUCAAUCGGGGGGCAAAGAUUGAUUUCUCGAGCAAUGGCGCCAUCAUUCGGAACAAAUCAGAUGGAAAGAAUUUGUUCACUGCGAGCCAAUACCAUGGAGUCUAUGCGCUUGACCUAUGGGCAAAACUUGUUUUUCCUGCCUACCAUAUCAGCCCGCAGUCGGCACUCUGGCACCAUAGGCUCGCCCACCUAAGCGGUGCGAACAUACGACGAUUGAAAAAGCAAGCCCACGGCAUUAAAGAUGAUGCGCCACGCGGACCUUGCAACCCUUGUCUCCAGGGAAGAAUGAUCGAAGUCCCACAUCGCCGUUCAGAAGUGUGCAAAAGAGCCAAAUACGCCAUGGAGUUCCUGCAUAUCGAUGUUGCAGGACCGUUCGAGGAGGGCCUCGAUGGCAGCCGUUAUUGGCUGACCAUUGUCGAUGACUUUACUGCAUGGGUUGAAAUCGUCCCCAUACCACGGCGGCAAGAGUACGUCGUUGAAUCCUUACGGUACUUCCUCGACCAUAAUGAGCGCCCCGAGCGCAAAUGCAGGCGAAUUCGCCUUGACCGGAUUCCGGAGCAAGUGGGAGAAGACAUGAAAUUCACGCUUUUCUCAAGGGCGAUUCAAGCCGAGGUCACGGGUGUCGACCAGCACCAGCAGAAUGGGGUAGCAGAAAGAACCCACAAGACAAUUUACGAUCGAGUUGGACCAACGCUCGCGCAUGCAAAGUUGCCGCCAAAAUUCUGGCCAGAAAUUGCGCGAACGGCGGCAUACCUUUCCAAUCGAUCACCAUCAUCUAAACGCAAUAUGACUCCGUACCAAGCCUGGUAUGGUGACAAACCUGACCUAUCACGGCUGAGAGUUAUAGGAUCCAAGGGAGAGUAUCUGAUUCCGCCCAAACAAAGAAAGAAGCUGACGGAGCCAAGAACAAGGCCAUGUCUACUAUUGGGAUACGAAGGCAAUACGAACUAUCGCGUCCUACUAGAAGACGGCAGAAUCAUUGGCACACCAAACGCAGAAUUUUAUGAAGUCCUUGAACCUCCCUCCACGCAGACCAUACAAGACGUGGGAGCCAAACAGCAGAGCUUUCCUGUGGCAACGGCUGCUGCCGCAGGGGGGAGUGAGACGGUGGGGCAAAUAAAUCACCCGUCGGCCAGUAUGCGACAUGCAUCCGUGCCAGCCUCGGGACGUCAAAUAUCCCUGGCACCACAAGAACAGACACAGCCUGGAUCAUGGGACGACAUAGUGCAAGUGCAUCUGCCUCAGUCGAGUAGUAAUGAUAACUCGCAGCCCGCCGUUGCUGGCCGAGGAGCCAUAACCUUUUCGCCUCCACGGAGUGAAGAUACCUUUGGUCCUCUAUCACCUGCUUCGCAGAAUUCCGUCCCUAGGAUUGACUCACCCCCGGGUAGCGACCAGCGACAAGGCGAUGCACAGCAAGGGCGAAUCCCAGAUUGGCUAGAUAAUUCCGAGCUUCAAGAGGGUGGUGCAAAACACAUAGUGCAGAAAGACUCACUGGAACGCCACCCUGAACUCAAGCUUCGUGAUACACAAAACUCUCCAGACACAUCCGGUUAUGACCAAGAAGAACUCGCCUUGAUGAAUAUUCCUGACAAAAAUGUCAUUCCGACCUUUUUGACUGUCGCAGCGGAAGACAUAGAACCCUUCGAACCAAAGUCCCUUCGACAGGCUAAGAAUGAUACACGCUGGCUCGAAUGGGAAAAGGGAAUGAUCGAAGAGAUACAAUCACUUCAACAAAACAAGACUUGGGAACUGGUAAAACCUCCCAGAGAUCGUCGAAUCCUGAGCGGAAAGUGGAUCUUCAAACUCAAACGAGGAUCAAGCGGAGAAAUUAUUCGCUACAAGUGCAGAUGGGUAGUCCGAGGUUUCACCCAGGAAGAAGGUGUCGAUUAUGAUCAGACAUUUGCUUCUGUGGUCAAGCCGAUGAGCUACAAAGCCCUAUUUGCAAUUGCCGCAGCUCUGGAUCUCGAGAUCGAACAAAUGGACGUCAAAACAGCGUUCUUAUACGGCGAGAUCGACCAUGAGAUCUACGUUGAACAGCCUCAUCACGUCACAGACGGUACAUCGAGGGUUUGCAAGCUUCGCAAGGCGCUCUACGGCCUGAAGCAAGCACCUCGUAUUUGGUAUCAGACGCUGACCAAUUUCCUUCGGAAUCUUGGCUUCGAGCCUAUCAACGCCGAUCUCAGUAUCUUUGUUCGGAGCGGCGUGUACAUCGCAGUAUACGUCGAUGACCUCUUGAUCAUCGGACCAAGCAUUUCAGAGAUAAAGAAGAUCAAGAGAAGCCUCAGAAACCGUUUUCAUAUGACAGAUCUGGGUCCGUGCAGCUAUUACCUCGGCAUAACCAUCCGGCGAGAUCGACAGAACAGAAUCCUCCAUCUCAGCCAAGAGGCUUACGUGCACAAGGUCCUGCAACAAUUCGGAAUGUUGGACAGUGCACAUGCCAGCACGCCUAUAGACACCUCACCCCUACCAGAAAGCGGUCCUGAAUAUAUCUGCCCGUCGAAUUUAAAGAAAGAGUACCAACGUGUGAUCGGAUCAUUGAUGUAUAUCAUGCUUGGGACCAGAGGCGAUAUCGCAUACGCUGUAUCGGCGGCAAGCAGACACUUGGUUAAUCCUGGUCCACAACACAUGAAGCUCGCCCGCCGAAUCCUUCGAUAUCUCAAAGGCACCAAAUCCCUCGGUCUUGCGUACAAAGGUCAACUUCAGAUGCUCCGUGGCUUCACGGAUGCAGAUUGGGCUGGGUGUCACCAGACAAGACGGUCGACGGCAGGAUAUCUGUUCAACAUUGGAAGCGGAGCAAUCAGUUGGCAAUCAAAGCGCCAGAACAUUGUUGCCCUGUCAACCUGCGAGGCCGAAUUCAUGGGCCAGACGCAAGCAACCAAGGAAGCCAUCUGGCUGAGAAGGCUUCUCCACGAGCUGAACAUCGGCCAGGGAAAACGUGCAACGAUCAUUUGUGGCGACAACCAGGGAGCCAUCGCGCUGGCUUCGAAUCCUCAAUAUCAUUCGCGUACAAAACAUAUGGAAAUCCAGCGAAAGUGGCAAGGAGAGAUCCAAGACGCCGGCACAGUGGAACUCAAAUAUAUCCCAACGUCAGAGCAGAUAGCAGAUGGCUUUACGAAACCUCUUGCGCGAGACAGAUUUGAAUGGUUUCGGAAAGGCCUCGGCAUUGAAUAA